AGAGCCUCCCUACUGCCAGAGUACAUUUAAAGAGAAUAAAGGGAACGAGGAGGUGCAAGAUAGGGAAGUUCAGCUGGAAGCUCUCUCUCCUGUUUCUGUUUACCUGUUCUGUUGCUACAAGAUUUUUUGGCCCCUAACGUGACGAUUCAGGUCUUUCUGACCGAUCAGAAGAGGAAGUGAAAAAAUUCCCCUGACAUGAACAAUUGCACUUCAGUGCUCAGAUUUCAGUCCUGAGUGUGGAGCUGGAAGGCAAGGAGGAAACUCUUAUGGUGAAGAAGACUUGGAGGGGGAGAAGCAGAGAAGAGGACACGUCCAGUGAAAUCGUUUGCCUUUUGUACUAGAGGAAGGAGUCCUGGGACUAUCUUUGAAAUGACGCUGAAUGGAAAAAAUGGGUGUGAAGGGAUCUUGAAUGCUUCAGGAUAGGAAGAAGGGGACUGAAGGAAUACAGGCCACAAGCAAGAAGGGGACAGAAUGGGUAACUGCUGUCGGAAAUAUUGUGCUUGUCUGGAGCCCUAUAUGCCUUGGCUUUUCAAUUGUGCGACUGAGGAUAAGUCGAACCCAACUACCAUCAAUUCGCCUGUGAGGCCAGACACCCCGGGUGACACCUGUAUAUGCAUCCCAGACCCACCGCCUCUUCAUCCAUCAAAGCAGACUUGCAAAUAUGUGGCCCUGUUUGAUUACCAAGCCCGUACAGAGGAAGAUCUGAGCUUCCGAACUGGAGAUAAGCUUGAAGUGCUGGAUAAAUCUCAAGGGAGCUGGUGGUUUGCAAAGCUGCUUGUGGAGAACGGGUCUGCUAAGCAUGGACAGAAGCGGCAAGGUUACAUCCCUGCCAACUAUGUGGCUCCUGACCAGAGCAUUGAAGCUGAACCGUGGUUUUUUGGUGGUAUUAAACGAGUGGAUGCUGAGAAACGGCUGCUAUAUCCUGAAAAUCAGGACGGAGCUUUCCUGAUCAGAAACAGCGAAAGUCUAACGGGUGAUUUCUCUCUUUCAGUACGGGAUGGGAAGGUUGUGAAGCACUACCGAAUCCGACGUCUGGACAAUGGCGGCUUUUUUGUGACGAAAAGGAAAACUUUCCCAACCUUGAAUGCUUUUGUCAGAUACUACAGUCGUUCCAGCGACGGGCUGUGCGUAAAGCUUGGGAGGCCAUGUGUAAAGACAGAAGUUCCGGCAACCUAUGAUUUGUCAUACCAAACUGUGGAUCAGUGGGAGAUAGACCGAAAUUCCUUACAGCUCUUAAAAAGACUAGGUUCUGGCCAGUUUGGCGAGGUCUGGGAAGGAUUAUGGAACAAUACCACACCGGUGGCAAUUAAGACGCUAAAACCAGGUUCAAUGGAUCCAAAAGACUUCCUCAGGGAAGCACAGAUGAUGAAGAAUCUGAGACACCCAAAGCUCAUACAGCUCUAUGCUGUUUGCACUUUAGAGGAUCCAAUUUAUAUUAUUACAGAACUGAUGAGACAUGGAAGUCUGCUAGAAUACCUCCAGAAUGAUGCAGGAGCCAGAAUCCGUUUGCCACAACAGGUGGACAUGGCUGCUCAGGUUGCCUCAGGAAUGGCUUAUCUUGAAUCUCAGAACUACAUUCACCGUGACUUGGCAGCCAGAAAUGUCCUUGUCGGUGAUCACAACGUUUAUAAAGUAGCAGAUUUUGGACUUGCACGAGUUUUCAAGCUAGGAAAUGAAAAUGUGUACGAAGCCAAACAUGAAACAAAACUGCCUGUGAAAUGGACUGCUCCUGAAGCAAUCCGCUCCAAUAAGUUUAGCAUCAAAUCUGAUGUCUGGUCAUUUGGAAUACUCCUGUUUGAAAUAACCACAUACGGAAAGAUGCCUUAUUCAGGUUUGACAGGUGUUCAAGUACUCCAGAAACUGGAUCAAGGGUACAGAAUCCCUCAACCAGAAAACUGUCCCCAAGAGCUGUAUAACAUCAUGCUGCAAUGCUGGAAUGUUGAGCCCAAAGAACGACCCACCUUUGAAACGUUGCAUUGGAAACUGGAAGAUUAUUAUGACAUGGAUUCUACAUCCUAUGCAGAUGCAAGUGCUUUCAUAAAAUGAAUGACACAAUCUUGCUGCUGGUCAUUUAAGUGAGGAUGAGACCCCCCAACUGUGUUCCUUUAGCAAAUAUGUUCCUUCUACAUUAUAAUGUCAAAUUGUAGAACAUUUAUUCAUACACACACACACACACACACACAAUGGACCAAGGUGUGUACAAUAUAUACGCCUAACAUCACCACAGUCUGUUUCUUCCAUUGCCAAUGAGAGCAAUUCAGUUGUUAGGCUGCCAAGCCAUCAAGCUAUGUAAAGCUGCUAUCUCUCUGCAGCUUUUCCGAAGUAACUUUGGGAGCAUUCUAACCUCAAAGUAGAUGAAUGGAGAGGUUAAAAUAAUGAUGAAUAGUAAGGAAUGAGUUCUUAUUAAAACCUGUGACAAUACGCCAAGAUCUUGAUGGCAUCAGCUUGUCUUAAUAGAUUAAGCAAACUGAAAGGCAGGAUUUCUUAAAAUAACUUUUUGCUGUACAAUGAAGUUUCUCUUCUAUUUAUUAUUUAAACAGGAGAUGGCAAAAAGCAACAACAACACAAAUCAUAAACAGAUAGCUUCUGCACAAUAGGCAAUAAAACACUGCACUUUUUAUGUAUAGAAUUUGUUAUUUGUUACUCUUCAGAUUCCACUGCUUAUCUGCUAAAUCCCAUCAAUCAGUGAUUAUGAAGGAAUGUGAUUGCUGUUUUGCACAGCAGGACCUGUGCAUCAAGAUGUUUUCCUUUUUCUCCUCUGAACAUCCCGUGGCUACAAUUUUGGUAACGUUGCCUUGAGUGUCUUCAUUGUACAUGGAAUAAAUGUAUGUUCGCUUGAGGGGGGGGGGAAACUAAUAGUACAUGGAAAAUAUAAACUUUUGUCAGAAAUAAAGUGAUUCUUGAAAGAAGGUCUGCGUUACGGUACGUUGAUGAGCCAAAGAUCAUAAAUGUAUGUUUUCCUGUGAAUUGCUUUUGUAAUACAUGUGAACCCAGCACAUGCCACUGCAGUAGAUCCUUUAUUUGUUUUAGGGCUUCAUUCAUUCAUUCAUUUUUGCAUUUCUUCCAAGCAGUGCAUUGAAAUACUACGGAAGAAGUCCAAUUGAACCCACUGAUUAUUUUGCUUUUAUCUUCUCCAUAGAACGCUAUCCCUGUGUGGGCUUGCUGUGGACACCAGCAAUACAACAGAUCUGUUGGUGUUUGCACCAGUGUUGAGUGGUUGGGCCCUUCAUCCAAGGCUCCUAUUUUAUGCAGUGGCUAUGGAUAAAAUAGGCUGUAUUUGUGGGAAUAUGGUAGCGCUCAAGUGCAAAACUGAUAGUGACAUCUGUUUUGUCUUGCCGUGGAUGCUAUUUGUUUAGAAUGGUUGCCUAUAAAAUGUCUCUCUGUGUGUAUGUAUGUAUGUAUGUAUGUAUGUAUGAUGUGCUUACUUUUUAAAGAAAGGAAAUAAUUUAAAAUUGUUUAUUGUUUACAUCUUUGGGUGUUAUUUUGGGCUGGAUUGUUUCUAUAUGCAUAUGCUGCAGUUGACUCCAAGGGAUCCUCACACAACAGGGUUGAUGUUGCCAGCCUUCAUGCAACGUUUGCAGACAUCUUUGUAACACAGACGUGGUCUGCCAAUGGGCCUGGGGCUUGAAGCCAGCUCCCUGUAGAGCACAUCCUUGGGGAUCCUGCAAUCUUCUGUUGUAUGUACACGACCAAACCUGCAUAGACGUUGCCCAGAGAAGAAUGGGAAGAUGCUGGAAAUGUGGACUUGGGAGAGGACAUCUUUGUUUGAGACUCUGUCCUGUCAUGUGAUGCCCAAAAUCUUCCUGAUACAGUGCAUCCUAGUGGGUGUCAGUUGCCUAUGACUCACUUCCAUAAAGCAGUGUGCUCAGCAUGAAAGCCUGGUAGAACUUUACCUUGGUAUUGGACUUCAGCAUCAUAUUCUCCCAUACCCUUUUGGAGAGGUGAGCCAUUGCUGUAGCUGCCUUGCCAAUACGCUUGUCCAGCUCAGCAUUGAUGGAAAGGUUGCUGGUUAUGGUGGAGCCCAGGUAGACAAAAUUGUGUACCACUUCAAGAGUGUGGUCACCAGUGCUGAUGUGUUGGUGAUGCUCUGACCCAGGAUGUUGGUCUGCAUCAGGCUGUUGGGGCCGGACUCCAUGCAGGCUUGGGCAAAACAGUUGAUGAAUCUCUGUAGAGCUUCCUCAGAGUGUACUGCCAAGGCUGUAUCAUGUGCAAACAACAUCUCUCAGAUCAGAACCCACUACCCCUUUGUCUUGGCAUGGAGGUGUCUAUGACAAACAGUUCUUUUAAUAUGUUGUAUCCUCCCCCCCCCCCCGUGGCACUUGUCGUUCUCUAAUCUCCUGUUGAGAUAUCAAAAGCUGAUAAAUGAUGCUUUAUGUUAGAAAGUUUUUAUCCUUACAACAGCAAAGGAUCUUUUGGUUUUAAAAAAAGGAAAAGUAAGAAAAGAGCACCAUUCCUUUAUAACAUUGAGGCUACUAAUCUAAGGAUGAUGAGUCAUCUGGCCAGUAAAGGUUAAUAUUUGAAGCACAUGGUCAAGAAAACACAGCACUAGAAAUUGCUUCCUAGGGGAGGUUUAGAAGUGGGGACUUUUGAAUUUUAUAGUCCAACAAAAAUAUAAUAGUAUAGGUUUUGAUGAACGGAAAUAACAGAUGAAAUAACAUAAAGGUGCAAUAUAGCAAAAGCAAUGCACUGAAAGCAAUGGAAUGGGAUUUAGUCAGAAGUAAUUUCUGUCCCACUCAUUUUGGUGUGAGAAUCAUGACUAUAUUUCAAGGGACUGUGCCCAGAUCAUUGAAACAACUGGGGCAAUGCAUUAGUGAGGGUAAAGUGUGCUUAAAAAUGCAUAUAUUGGUGAAGAUAACAUACAUAAAUGCAUUAAUCAUGGGAAAAGGCCUUGCAAAAAUGUAUGUAUAUUGGGGAAAAUUUACAUACAAAAAUGUGUAUAUUUGAAGAAAUGCUCAUGAGGACUAUAAAAAAUCACUGUUCGUGUU